AUGGCUCGUCGACCGAAGCGGUCGGCGCUGGUACUGGCAGCGAUCGCGACCGUCCUAGCGGUUAGCCAGCGGUGCGCUGAAGAUGGUGCGUACCCCCGGUACGGUGGUGCGGUGGCCAGUGCGGUGGUCACGGUCACCGCUAGUGCCGAGUCCGAAGCGGACCUCUCGGUGGCCGAAAGCAAUCACCAUCCCCGGGCGGCGUUACUGAAUCUGCCCAAGUUUGGUGAUCGGUUAGCACCUCGGUCACGCCCGGCCAUUGAGGAACCGGCGGUGGCCAGUUCUGGUAACGGUGGAAGUGUAGUCAGUGCCAGGGACCAGAGUCCGGCGGGUAAAACUGGCCGGCAAGGUCGUGGUCAACAGGGUUUCCCGGGUUCCCGGGGACCACAACAGACGCAACCGCACCAGGCGGACAUCAAGCGUGCCGACGUCAUGCUGGUCAGUUCGCGCAGUGCCAAGGGUGGUGGUGUGCAGGGAGGGGUGGGCCAACAGGACCUCACACUCGCCGCUGACGAGGAGGAGGAGGAGGAAGAGGAAGAGGACCACGAAGAAGAAGACGAAGAAGAAGGUGACGAUGUGGUAGAAGAUGAGGAGGAAGAAGUGGCGGUGGAUCCAGUGCGUAGUGACGGAUCGGCGGAUGUUGUUGGCGCGUUGGACUUCCGUGGACACGAAGUAGUGGCACGUGCCCGUGGGAACGAGCUGGAAGAAGAGGAGCAGACGACAGGGGAGAAGCAGGAGCAGCAGCAGCAGCGGACGGUGGUGGGCCGGGGUCCACUCGAAAUAGUGGAUGAUGUGAGUGAUGCGAUCGCAUCCGUCGCCGGCAUCAUCGGUAAUGCGUCAUCGCAGGCGCAGGCGCACCGGUUAGAGAUGUCGACCGAGUUCUUCGUCGUGCCAUCGACCGCGGCCUCCGCGGCCUCCCGUUCAACGACCGUCCGGGCCGGGGGCGUGAUUCUGGCCGCCCGGCCCCCACCGACCGGCCGCCAGAACGUUACGCCACCGACGAUCGUGGCGGCGGCCGCUGACUUCGGUGCUGGCCCGGGCAGUAGUGGACUCCGGAAGGAACCGUGGGUCGUCCCGGUGCUAGUGUUGGCUUCCCUUUCGAUGCUCAUGAUGGCCGCGUUCGAGGUGUUUGUGUUGUGUAAAGCGUGGCGCACUUCGCCGAGUCGCCGUCACCUGUUCCUCGGUCAGAUGCUGCUGCUGGGGCUGUUCGCUUGUUCCGGGUUGGCCGCCGUCCUGACCGUCACACCGACCGUUCUGUCCUGUGCAACGAUGCGCUUCGGUGCGGGCGUUGCGUUUGCCCUCGUGUUCGCCUCCCUGCUCGUCAAGUGUGUGUUUCUGAUCAGCUUAAACGGUGGCGUGUACCUGCCGGCACCGUACCAGGGACUGUUGCUACUGUUUGCCGUCCUCAUCCAAGUAGCGGUCGGUGGUCAGUGGUUGCUAACGUCACCACCGAGCGUGGACAGUGUUUCGGUAGCGGCAACCACAGCGACCGGCAGUACCGCUGCGGUAUCGAGCCGCUACCAUCUUCUGAUGACCGCGAGUGAUCUCGCUACGAUCUCGCACCCUUCGAUGCCGUCCACGGGCGCUGCGGCCGGCGCCGCCGCCACCACCACCGUCAUCCCGCUCUGUCAUACACCAUUCUCCGAGCUACUCCUGUCACUGAUCUACAUCGUCUUCCUGAUCGUGUUUGUGGCUGUGCUGGCGAUCAAAUCGCGUGGAAUCCGUGACAAUUACCGGGAAGCGACGUACAUUGGGCUCGCGAUCGGUGGCAUCAUCCCGAUCUGGCUCGGGUGGACGUUGUGCGGGUUGGCGGUGGCCGAUCGGCACCGGGAUGCGUGCCUUGCGUUCGGGCUCGUCGCUACCUCGUCCACGGUGUUUUUGGUGAUGUUUAUGCCGAAGGGACGACAGCUGGCGGCCAUGGGCAAGGAGGGACUGUACGUGGAGGAUCGCGAGGAGCGGUUUAGUUCGCUGAGCCGGGCCGGUUCCGGUUACUCACCGUCGUUCUUCCACUUCAAACCGAUCAAGUAUGGUGUGAUGGGACCAUCGCCGACACUGCAGACAGGGACGGGAGCUGCGCUUGUUGCCGGUGGACCGGGCACGACCACCACCUCCAAGCAUCAGGCCGUUGCCACCCUCGGUGGAGAUCGCGUUGCACUGGUUACGGCACCACCGAGCUAUACGCCACGCAUGUAUCAUUACUUUCCAGCACACAUGACACACCCCUUCUGUUACUACCCCUCACUGGCACCGCAGCAGGCACGAUACCCAGGUCUGUUUAUGCGACCGGAUGAGACGAACCUCUACACCACGCUCGAGCAGACAAUGAGCAGCAACCCGAACGUGUACUUCCAACGUGGUGGCGGUGUCCAUCCGGGAAUGAUGUACUGA